GAUAAUUUCCGACCCGCGAGACCGGUUUUUUCAAUGGUAAUAUAUUUUUUUAUUUUCAAUUGCGGACAUGAGCUUCGACGCAAGCCAAUCAAAUCCAAUAAACAGUUGAAGAUCUUGUUCAUUUUCAACAAUUGCAGCGUAUAAUUCCAGCUAAGGAUCCGAUUUCUGAGUUAUGUCCUUUGUUCAGAUAUUGGUUGAUUGCAGUUGAGUAGUAGAAUGGACUCAGAAUCUGUUGAUUCCUUAUCUCAAGCUCCAAGUAAAGCUUCUGAUGUUGAAACCUCUGCUGAAGUCGCCGCUGCUGCUAAACUGCCAGCUAAUAUGAAUGAUAUGAAAAGUCACCCAAUGGCUAACAAUGUGGAACCUCCUCUCAAAACUUAUGAUAUUGAACCUCCAAAGCCUGCUGAUAAUGCAUCUACUGUCACUGUGAAAACCAUUUCCUCGCAGAACUCCCCAGCAUCUGCGUUACCCUCCACUGGCAUAUCUUCUUGGGCAAGAAAUUUGAAAUUACCACAGCCCAUAGCACCACCACAGGAAUCUCAAGCUGGAAAUGAUGGGACUUCAGCUCUAGCACGCUUUACCAGUGGGCUUGGAUUGAGGUUGCAAUCGAUGACUCUAUCACCGGAUGACAGCGCAGCACAUACUUCUACAGCACCACAAGCUGUUUUUGAAUCAUUUAAAAAGGGUAUAGUUGACUCGUCUUUGAAUGCAGUGAAGGCUGUGCAGGUCAAAGCACGCCAUAUGGUCUCGCAAAACAAUCGAAGAUACCAGGAGGGAGAGUUUGAUUUGGAUAUGACUUAUAUCACUGAGAAUAUAAUUGCCAUGGGGUUUCCAGCUGGUGAUCUAAGCUCGGGGCUUUUUGGAUUCUUUGAGGGCUUUUACCGAAAUAAAAUGGAGGAAGUGAUCAAGUUUUUUGAAACUCAUCAUAAGGGGAGAUACAAAGUGUACAAUCUUUGUUCAGAGAGGUUGUAUGAUGCAUCACUGUUCCAGGGGAAGGUUGCGAGUUUCCCAUUUAAUGACCACAAUUGCCCCCCAUUUCAUCUCAUAAAAUCCUUUUGUCAAAGUGCUUACUCAUGGUUGAAAGAGGACAUUGAAAAUGUUGUGGUUGUUCAUUGUAAAGCCGGUAUGGGAAGGACAGGGCUAAUGAUUUGCAGUCUUCUUUUAUUCCUUAAGUUCUUUCCCACAGCUGAAGAGGCCAUUGAUUACUUCAACCAGAAAAGAUGCAUAGAUGGGAAAGCUCUGGUUCUCCCAAGUCAGAUUAGAUAUGUCAAAUAUUUUAAGCGUAUCCUAACGCGCUUCAACGGAGAAGAUCAGCCUGGACGUAGGUGCAUGAUUAGGGGCUUCCGGCUUCACAAGUGUCCUUAUUGGAUUAGGCCCUCCAUUACCAUCUCUGAUCACAGUGGAACUCUGUUCUCUACAAGCAAGCAUCCCAAAACAAAGAAUUUAAUGCCAGAAGAUUUCUGGAUUAAGGCACCUAAGAAAGGGAUAGUAAUUUUUGCAAUUCCCAGGGAGCCUGGUCUUGCAGAAGUAGUGGGUGACUUCAAAAUCCAUUUUCAUGACCGCCAAGGCGAUUUUUACUGUUGGUUAAAUACGACAAUGAUAGAGAACAGAAUGAUACUCAAUGCCUCGGAUCUUGAUGGUUUUGAUAAGAGAAAUGUACCUUACCAUGGAUUCAAGAUUGAAUUGGUAAUGAUAGACUAUGAUGGCCCACUAAAGAUGAAUUCUAAAUCCGAUUCUGCAAACAAUGGAACCGAGGGUAACUCCGGUUAUGUCAAGGAUCGAGUCAUAGGAGCCAAUUCAAAACAAAGCAAAGCUUCGGAGACUGAAGAUAACGAUGACAUAUUCUCAGACAGUGAUGGAGAGGAAUCAGGGGCUUCACCGAGUAGGCCGACUCAACCGGCUGCUGGAGCAGGACCUACAAUCUCCAGCAAUCUAUUGAACCCUGCAGCCGAGCAAAAAGGAACAUCAAAACCAUCUGUCAAAAAUCAAGAGCUUUCAUCUAAUAAUAGUUCCAAAGACAUUGCCAUUAAUGGAGUUGGCAAACAUUCAACAGGACUUGAGCUGCCCAGUAUGGAGUUGAUGGGCGCAAGUGACAUCAAAUCCAUUGCUGCUGAUGCUUCAGUCUUCAGUUUUGGCGACGACGAAGAUUAUGACAGUGAGUGAGCUAGGUUUGUCUAAACAUCAAAACGAGAAAUUCCCAUUGAUUUUUUUUUUUUUUGAAAAAAAAACACACACGAUAAAAUGCAAUUGAACAAUUUAUUGUACGAAUUUGUUGCACUAAUGAGAGGUUGAGGGUGAUAGCUUGACCUCUCGUUAGCUGCCAUUUGUUCUUUGCUUUAUAUUGAAUUCUCUUAUUUAUUAUUAUCUUGCA